UUUCACAGAGAGACGGCGGGGCGGCGGCCAACUCCCCGGAGCUCCCGGUGGUCCAAGGUGAGUCGUCUCUCUCCUGCCCCGGCCCCCGGCAGCCUAGGGUUAGGGUUACGAGUCGCCGCCGCCGCUCCUCGCGCUCUUGCUCCGCCACCGGCCACCGCGUGCCCGUGCGCCGCAGUCGUAUCUGCUGCUCGUAGUCGUGCGAGGCCGCCGCCGCUGCUGCUCGUGCAGUGCGUGGCCACCGCUCCACGCACUUGUGCUCCGCCGCCGGCCACCGCGUGCCCGUGCGCCGCCGCCGCAUCUGCUGCUCGUUGCCGUGCCAGGCCGCCGCCGCUGUUGCUCAUGCCAUGCAUGGCCGCCGCUCCACCCACUUGUGCUCUGCCGCCGGCCACCGCUGCUGCUCGUGGUCGUGCGUGGACGCCGCCGCCGCCGCUCAUGCCGUGUGUGGCAUUAGGGCCGCCGGGGAGCAGCCGGGGUGGUUGGAUGGUUCGAGGGACAGUGGUGUCACAAGCCCACCAACAAGUCAUUUUCGAUGAUACGCUUUUAGUGGGAGGAGACGUUCCCGUCGAAGAUGAGGCGCAUACGGCGACUUCGUAAAUCUCAAAAUGAUAUGCCGGCUCAGUCUCUCAAAGGUGCUCACAGGGGUAGGGUGUGCGUGUGCGUCAUAGGGGUGAGUGUAUGCGCGGGUGUGCGUUCAUAGGGUGACUGUAUACGCGUAUGUAUGAGCGCUUGCAUCUGUAUCUGUACUAUGUUAAAAAAAAAAGCUCGGCUAAUGCCCAAUUCCUGCGCCUUGUACGAUGCUUGAAUGGAAAGUCAGUUUAUAGGCGUUGAGCACUAAUCCCACUCGAUCGACCACUAAUACUCCGUACCGCUUCGUCAUCAUCGCAAAAAUAGAAAAUUACCCACGAUCCACGCCGAUCUCUCCCCUGUUUCCGCCGCCAACCGCUCCUGCCUUGCCUACCACCGCGCCACCGCCCCGCCGGCCCGUCUCUUCCCUGCUUCCGCCGCCGACCGCCGAUCCACCACCGCCCGCUGAUUUCCGCUCGGCCGAGGCCGCACGACGCCGCCGUGUGCCCCUCCACAUCACGCCGUGGGGUUGCUGGGCGCGCCGCCGCCGAUUCUACGCCGACGCCUCCGACGCCGACACCAACGACCGGCCACUGAAUCCUCGAGUUGAGGCACGUUGUUCCUGGCUGCCGCCCCCGACGCCGACGCCAUCUGCCGCCCCCGAAUCUGUGCGUUCCGCUGCCGCUGCCGCUGCCGACGCCAUCCGCCCCACGAAUCCUUUCCCAUGAGAUAGAGAAUCGUAAUCGGCUCGACAUGAGGCGUGAGGCAGCCACAAGCCCACAACAAUUUAAGUUGGGGAGAUAGCAAGUACCAACAGCAGUACCACGAAGGUAUACACCGAAGAGUGAAGAAAACCCUCCUUCAGUUUGUUUUAGUGCUGGAAUCAUCUACCAACCAGGAAUUUGGAAUCAAACAAGCAUAGGAGCCAGAAAAUAAGAAUGUCAUAGUACUUCAUUUGGAGAAAAUUCUGAGUUAUCAAUCAUCUUAUGCCUUUCCACUCGGCCUGACAAUGGCAGAGAAGGUAUUCCAGAAGAAAUACAGUAGUGGCCAACUACUACCUAGAGUCCUUUUCAUUGCAAAAGCAAGAUCAUUCAAUCAGAUAAACAUCAAUGCAACCAGUUCCUCCAAAUUCAGUCGCAAGCUCCAUCUUCCUCCAAGAAGCACUUCACUUCAUGCCAAGAAAUCCACACCCAGCCUCGUACGGUGCGCUCUGACGAGCACCAGCACCGUGUUCAAGGACAAGGAUCCCUUCAGCCUCGAGCGAUACAUGGCGUCCAAGGCAAUGACCGUGAAUGAAGCGCUCGACCGCGCUCUGCCGCUUGGGCACCCUGAGCGCCUCUUUGAGUCCAUGCGCUACUCUCUCUUCGCGGGUGGCAAGCGGGUGCGCCCCAUGCUUGCGCUCGCCGCGUGCGAGCUAGUGGGCGGUGAUGAGGCCGCUGCCCUGCCGGUGGCCUGCGCCGUCGAGAUGGUCCAUACCAUGUCGCUCAUCCACGACGACCUCCCUUGCAUGGACGAUGACCACCUCCGGCGCGGCCGCCCCACAAACCACGUUGCCUUUGGCGUCAGCACCGCGCUGCUCGCGGGGGACGCGCUCCUGGCGCGUGCGUUCGAGCACGUCGCCCGGGAAUGCACGGAGCAUGGCGUGCCGGCCGACCGCGCACUCCGCGCUGUGGCAGAGCUCGCCAGCGCCGUGGGCACGGACGGGCUCGUGGCGGGGCAGGUUGUGGACCUUGCCAGCGAGGGUGCAGACGUCGACCUGGCCACGCUAGAGUACAUCCACGUGCACAAGACGGCACGACUCCUAGAGGCCGCGGCGGUGUGCGGCGGCAUCGUCUCCGGAGGAGCCGAUGAAGAGAUCGAGGGCAUCCGGCGGUACGCACGUUACGUCGGCCUGCUAUUCCAGGUAGUGGAUGACGUGCUGGACGUGACACGCACAUCCGAGCAGCUGGGGAAGACGGCAGGGAAGGACAUUGCGACCGACAAGGCAACGUACCCGAAGCUGAUGGGCAUGGACGGGGCGCGUGCGUACGCGGCAGAGCUUGUGGCGAGCGCUGAGGCAGAGCUAGACCGCUUCGACGGUACUCGUACAGAGCCUCUGCGUCACCUCGCGCACUUCAUUGCGUACCGGCAGCACUGAUUGAUCAGUGCAAUCGGCCAAUUAAAAGAUUGACAGUGCUUGAGGAGGUCAGUGAUAGUGACGUCCGAUUGAGCCGCUUCAUUACCCAGUCAGCGCGCCGCUUGCGGGGAUGCAGCAGCAUCAGCUCCCGGCCUAUAGCUUCGACCGGCAGAUCUAUAUGUGCGGGAUGCGGCGGUGGCAGCUGAAAGGGAGGGCUCACCACAAGCUUCCGAACAGUCCAUAGGCAAGAUGACCAUAGAGCUCCUGGAUGGACACGCAGUGAAACAACAUGCAACUCAAGGUGCCGUACGAAGGUUGAAGGUUUGAGUAAGCGGACAAGAUUCUGCACCAUUUGUCGACGGCAGGGAUACAUGAGGAUGACUUGCCCGGAUCAAGGAGAUGUUCCGAAGCAACCUUGAAAACCUGCUCGGUGCAAGAACUGUGGCGUCGAGGGUCACCGGCGAAACAACUGUUCCAAAGCUGCAGAACUAAAACCCCAAGAGGGCUGCUGAAAUUGCAGCUAAGAGCCUAAGACAGGAUCAGUGCAUCUGAUGAGAAUAAUGCAUGCUGAAAGCUGAACUGUUUUGCUGUGCUGCUGUACUGACUAAUUAGAUCAAGUGAUGAACUGUUAAGAACCAAUUUAUGUCUGUUUGAUUAGGUGUGUUGUUGUGCAGAAUUAUUUUCUCAUUAUCAUUUCGGACGAUGCUAGAUUAAAGACCACUGUAUUUUCACAUUAUCAUGGUGAAUGUAGAGUCCUGCUGUUGCGUGUU